AUUCUUUUUUUUAUUAAUCGUAUAUACUUCAUAUGUAGAAUUAUAAAACUCUCGUUUUUCCAUAGUUUAGAUGAUAUUCAAGAUAAUUCUAUAAUGCGAGAAGGUUAUCCCGUAACCCAUUCUAUUUAUGGACUUGGUAACACAAUAAACGCUGCAAAUUACGUGCAAUUUGUUGCUUUUGAAAAACUUGCUAACUUACAUCCCGCGGCAACUAAAAUCUUUAUUGAAGAAAUGCUGGAAUGUUAUAGAACUCAAGGAAUGGAAAUAUAUUUGACGAAUAAUUUCAUUUGUCCAACUGAAAAAGAUUACAAGAUUAUGGCAACAAGAAAAAGUAGUUGGACGGUCAAGUUGGCAGUAAGAUUAAUGAAACUAUUUUCUACUUAUGAAGGAGACAUUUCAUCGCUAAUAAGUGCUUUCGGAAUGUACUAUCAAAUACGUAAUGAUUAUUGCAACUUCUUUCAUAAAAACGAUAACGGUAAAAGUUAUUGCGACGAUUUAACCGAGGGAAAAUUCAGUUUGCCUAUUAUUCAUGCAAUUAACAGUAAUCCUGAUGAUACACAAAUAAUAAAUAUUCUAAAACAACAUACAACGGAUAUCGAGAUGAAACGCCAUUGUGUUAAACUAUUAGAUAGUUUCGGAUCGUUGAAGUAC